GCGGGGUGGGUGUGUCCCUAGGCCCCCUCCGAGUUUGUGGGCUUUUCGGUGGCGCCACCACGGCGGUAUCGGGUCCUUCUCGCACCCAGGAGCGGCGCUCAGGGGCCCGGAUAGGCGGCCAGGAGGAGCCCGGAGACUGUACCAUGGAACUGGAAGCCGUGCUGAAAGAGCGGGGUGCCUCCGCCGGGGAUCCCGCUCGUGUUCUGGGGGCCUGGGUCAAACGUGGCUGGCCGGCCGGGUCCGACACUGAACUGAUGAGCAGCGCUGCCGAGUCCAACGCUGGGAGCAGAGCCUGCGACCUGGAGUACGAGGAGCUGCCCGAGGGAUCCACCGUCACCACACACAUGCUGGCCGGUGCCGUGGCCGGGAUCAUGGAGCACUGCCUUAUGUACCCUGUGGACUGUGUCAAGACCCGGAUGCAAAGUCUGCAGCCUGAUCCCGCAGCUCGAUAUCGCAACGUGAUGGAGGCCUUGUUAAAAAUCAUCCGCACAGAGGGACUCUGGAGGCCGAUGCGAGGAAUGAAUGUUACAGCAACAGGAGCCGGCCCGGCCCAUGCCCUCUAUUUUGCCUGCUAUGAGAAACUGAAAAAGACACUGAGUGAUGUGAUCCGCCCCGGGGGCAAUAGCCAUAUAGCUAACGGGGCCGCUGGCUGUGUAGCGACACUGUUACAUGAUGCAGCUAUGAAUCCUGCUGAAGUGAUCAAGCAGAGGAUGCAGAUGUACAACUCGCCAUACCGGAAAGUGACGGACUGUAUGAGAGCCGUGUGGCGGAAUGAGGGUGCUGGUGCCUUUUAUAGAAGCUACACGACGCAGCUGACCAUGAACAUCCCCUUCCAGGCUAUACACUUUAUGACCUACGAGUUCAUGCAAGAGCACCUGAAUUCCCAGAGACAAUACAACCCAACCUCCCAUGUGCUGUCUGGUGCCUGCGCAGGGGCAGUGGCCGCCGCGGUCACAACACCACUGGACGUUUGCAAAACCUUACUGAACACACAGGAGUCGCUGGCCUUGAAUUCCUCCAACAUGAGCGGACAUAUCACAGGCAUGGCCAAUGCCUUUAGGACGGUUUAUCAAGUAGGCGGCGUCACGGCCUACUUCCGAGGCGUUCAGGCCAGAAUCAUCUAUCAGAUGCCCUCUACAGCUAUUGCGUGGUCUGUGUACGAGUUCUUCAAAUACAUCAUCACCAAGCGUCAGGAGGAGAGGAGGGCAGGUCACUGAAGCGCCAUACCAAAGCACAGCCGUUAGAGAUGUUCCAGGCCGGGUUAAUGAACUCGUCAGCCUGCAAGAUCUGCCUUUCUUUUAAUGUUUUAUCUAACCUGUUCUUAGCGCGCAGAGAGGCCUCUGUCCUCCAUCACUGUCCCUUAUACAACGCACAGAACAAAGACAGUAUGUGUUGUUCUCUACCAGGUUCUGCCUUAUGUUCAUUUUGUCGCACCGUAGCACCUUUUUAAA